AUGCUUUUUCACAGUCUCCUUUUUAGUCUCUCGAACGUUGUCGCUUCGACGCUCGGGGCCACAGAUGAUCGAUGGCCUGCUCAGUCAUAUGAAUCCUGCAGCCUGAGCGUUCCAUUCAUCAAUAUCACUCGCACUGGCUCUGGCUCCACAAGCCCAGGGCUUCUUUUUUUGGCUCCAGGGAACAGCACCACACUAAGCCAAACCCCCACUAUCUUUGACGGCGAUGAAUUAGUCUGGCAAGGACAAGCAACCGGGAAUGUAUCCAAUUUCCUCCCGCAAAUCCUCAAUUCUCAACCCGUUUUGACCUACUGGGCAGGCAACGAGAGUCUCGCAGGAUCAGGAGCGGGGUCGAUACAUGUUUUGAACGCUUCCUACCAUGAGAUUCACACUGUCACUUUAGCUGGAAAUGAGACCUGGGUCUCUCCUUUACUUGUUCAAUUCCCAUCUUACAUCGAUAAACAUGAAAUUCUUAUCACGGAAAAUGGGACGAUCUUGAUCACAGCAUACAAUGUGACAAGAAUGGACUUGCGACCUUUCAAUGGUCCGAGGAAUGGGUGGAUACAAGACAGCCUGUUUUAUGAGAUCGAUGUCACGACAAAUGAAGUCCUUUUCCGGUGGAGUGCGGUUGAGAACCCGGGCACCAUCGAUCCGAAAGAAUCAGUGCGAGAAUUGGAUGGCACUUUGGAGGGAAGUUCUCAAAGCACACCAUGGGACUAUGCCCACAUCAAUUCUGUCGCACGAUAUGGGGAUGACUAUCUCGUUUCGUUUAAAUGCUUAAACACCAUUUACUUGAUAAACAAGAACGGCUCGGUACAGUGGAAAUUAAAUGGGCUUACCGGAGGCGACUUUGCACUUGGGCAAGGUACACAAUUCAUCGCCCAGCACAAUGCACGCAUCCAAAGCCGUACUGCCGACGUCAUCUCGAUCUCGCUCCACAACAACGGCGUGAGCUGUAACGAGACCUAUUUCUUCCCAAGCAACGGCCUCCUUUUAGAUGUGAAUCUCAAAACUAAGAAAGUGACGGUGAGACGCAAACUUGUUGAUUCCCAAGAUCUAGUUUCCGCUAGCGCUCGCGGAAACUACCAAGCUCUACCGGGCGGCCAUGUCCUGGUUGGUCAAGGUAUAGUUCCCAAGUAUGAGGAAUAUGAUGAAGAUAACAUUUGCGUUACGAGAGCUUGGUUUGGUCUCAGUCAUAAUGAUGGAAGCUACACUGCGAUCAAGUCGAACUGGACUGGGACACCACAAACAGCGCCAGACGUUUUCGCUCACUCCGCUGGUGGUAUGGCUUCCCUGUACAUCAGUUGGAAUGGCGCGACAGGAGUGGAGGCAUGGCAAAUCAGCGCUGGUAACAAGAAGGAUGAGCUAAAUCUUGUGACAACUGUGCCGAAAAGUGGGUUUGAGACCAAGGUCGCGCUUGAAGUGGUUGCGGCGUUUGUAAGGGUAAUGGCAAUUGGAGGCCCUAAUCAUGGGACAAGGUCUGAUCUCAUCGAUGUUGUCAGAAUAGAAGGGAAGGCAAAGAAGGGUCCAGGAAAGACGGAACUAAAGAAAUGA